AUGUUAUCUCGCCUCUUCAUUUUCUCUCUAUUAUUCUGCUUUUCUUUUGCUGCUGAUGGAAUAUUCGAAGCAGUAAUCGAAAGUUACAAAGAUGCUCUCCCUCCGAAAGUGGUUGAAGCUUUUGAUAAUCUGAGUCCUGAGGAGAGUGCAAUUAUGAAAGAAGUCUUCAUGAAUUAUGAUAAAUUCACAAGUAUUGCUGACCUCAUUGUGGCAAUCAAGAAGAAAUCUGAAUCUCUUGGAUCGUUGUUUGAGAAGCUGUACAUUGAAGUGGACGCUGAAAUUCAAACAUUGACUCCUGAAACUAAAAAGUUUGUGACUGAAUUGCUGGGAAUUGGACGCGCAAUUUACACUGCUCAAAUAGUUGGAGUUCCACUUGACCCCAAAGAAGUUCUUCCAGUUUUCGCAAAGCAAUUCCCAUCAUUCAAAUCUCUUCCGGAUACUAACAAAGAAGAAUUGAAGAACGCAUUCCUCGGUCUUUACAAAUUCGCAUCCAAUGAUAAAAUCAAGGUCGAGAUAGAUAAGUUGUUGUGA